AUGAUGCUCUAUUGUUUCACUCCCUCGUUGCUACGCUCAACCCGCCUACGAGUGAAUUUGGGUUCUCAAAAGAGCUUACUUCUGUCCUUUUGGCUAAGGAUAAGGUUCGAGUAUGUGGAUAGUGAUGUUAAUAAUAGGAGUAAUACUGAUAUGAUUGUUAGGGUUAUUCAUGAUGUACCCGAAGGAAGAGAGAUUUGUUUGAGUUAUUUCCCUGUGAAUUUUAAGUAUUCCGAUAGGCAGAAAAGGUUGAAGGAGGAUUAUGGUUUUGCGUGUAAUUGUGAUCGGUGUGUGGUCGAGGCUAACUGGUCUGAUCAUGAGGAUGAUGAUGCUAUGGAUAACGAGGGCGAGGAAAAUGAGGAGGAAGAGGAUGAAGCAAUGGAGGAGGAUGUGGAUGAUGAAGUAAAUGGAAAUGAUGAGGUGGAGGAGGGUGAUCAAGAUUUUCCUCACGCGUAUUUCUUCAUGCGGUACAUGUGUAAUCGAGAGAAUUGUGGGGGUACAUUGGCUCCGUUGCCUCCUUCCGAUGCAUCUCUGUCGACAGUUAUGGAAUGCAAUGUUUGUGGUAAUUUGAGUAAAUGUGAUGAGCUUAUGGCUUAGUGCCGUGGACCAUCGAUUCCUAUCAAGUAUGUUACAUUUUCCAUAUUAGUUAGGUUUGUUUUUUCUUAGAAAUUUGAGCCUCCACGUGAUGUUUUUCGCGCUUAUGUUGAUUUGAUAAACACCUAUUUGAUGAGCUUUAGUUGUAGCUAAAACUUCUUGACCCUUUGUCUUUGGUAGCUCGUCUUGGUUUUCCUUUUGUUAGUCUCAAGCAAAUGCCAAAAUGUUGGCUUGUGAUCUCCAUAAUUUUCAUAUAUAUGUGGUAUACUUUUGUUUCCAUAAUUUUCAAAUGUAGACGGUAUACCUUUGUUUGAGUAACAUGUACUUCUCUUAUGAGCAUUUUAACAGUCAGUUUAUCAACCAGUCACCUUAGAAUUGGGCGCGUCUAUAUGAGUCAUCUAUACCAUUUUGCUCUAUUCUUCUAAGUAUUUUACAUGGAUAAUAAGCUGCCAGGGAAUUUCAACAUACCCAAGGCCUCAAGUUUUGAAUAUCAAGCACUGGAGUGUUGUGACAGAGUUGGUGAUACUAAUUGGAUUGUGGUGUAUAAGGCUUGAAUGAAGAGUUUAAUCAUCAUUGAACCAUCCCCAAUAAACAAGAAUUCACUCAUAUAUUUCAUUGCUCUAUAGACAAUUCAAGCAGUUCAGGUUAUGAUACCAGUUUGCCUAGAAUUAAAUCUUCUGAUCUUCAGCAAUAAAAG